CGCCAGGGCACAAAUGUCAAUAAAACAUUCACAUAAACUGAAAAAAUUAAUCUGUCGCGGUACUUCUACGCGGUCAUUAUUCUAUCGCGUUCUACGGAAAUGGAAAAGAAGACUAUAAAUCAACACACGUCAAUACAACUUAUGCGUCUUUGUAUGAACGGAAUCGGUAUAUGGAGUAUAGAGAAACGGCGAGAUGAAAUAUUGUCAAAUUUUGUAAUAUGUUACACUGUGGUUACCUUAAUUUUUGGAUUGAUUGUCGAAACUACGGAUAUUUAUUACUGUAUGGGUGAUUUACGCGAAAUGUCUUAUACUGCGCCUUGCUUUCUAAAUGUAAUUGUUGAAUUAUUUCUAAUGGGCAAGUUUAUAAUUAAUCGAAGUGAAGUUAUUGCUUUUAAUGAUUAUACAAUUCGUGAAUUUUGGAAUAUACCUUACAUUGACCCGGAACGUAAAAUAUUGGAUGAAUGUAAUAAAAAAAGUUUUAAAAUAAUUAUUGCUUUCAUCAUCGUGAUUCAACUUGUUGUUUGGCAAUAUAUAACUAUGCCUAUAAUAGAAUCCUAUGGGAAAAAUUCAUCCGAAAGAACUUUACCUUAUAAUCUAUGGUUUACAUUUAUUCCAUUCAGAGAAACACCAUAUUAUGAAAUAAUUUUUUUUUUACAAUCAGCUGCAACAUUAACUACUGGCGUUUGUGCAACGGCAUUUGCAACAUUUUUAUUUACAAUAAAUAUUUAUGCUACUGGACAAUUUAAAAUUUUACAACGACGAUUGGAAACGUCUUGUCAAGGGUACAAUAUUGAAAAAAUAAACUCAGUUGAGCAGUUAAAUUUAAUUGCUGCAGAAUCUUAUAGUAAUCUACGAAAGUGUAUUGAAUUACACAAAGUACUGCUUCAAUAUAUAAUAAGACUUGAAAAUCUUUAUUGUCAAAUAAUGUUAGUUGAAACACUGGCCUGUGUUUUUCUCAUUUGUUUAACUGGCUUUCAAAUAGUCCUGGGAGUUGAUACUUCUAUUCUUCGGACAUCACGGAGUGCUCUUUAUUUUUGCUGUUUAGUAACUCAAUUACUUUUGUAUUCUUGGUCAUGCCAUGAAAUAAUUAUCGAAAGCUUAGAAGUCGCUGAAGCGGCUUAUCGGGCUUAUUGGUACAGUUUAUCUUGGUCCAAAUAUGGAAAAUCAUUCAGACAAGCUUUGUUGAUUAUUAUUACAAGAUCACGCAGACCAUGUGUUUUAACUGUUGGAAAAUUUGUUCCAAUGUCUCUUGAAACAUUUACUGCAGUUUUCAAUUCGUCUUUAUCGUAUUUUACGAUCUUACGACAAAUGAAUGAAGAAAUAGAAAAUAGUUAAGUACCAAUAUACCCGAUAAUAAGGAAUUAAUUUUCUAUAAUCAUCUGUCGCAAUAUCCACAUAUAAUUAAUUGAACAUCUUCCCAAGUAUGUGGACGAUUGAUUAAGAUAUUGUAUUAAAUUCUUCUACCUAAACUUUAAUAGUAAACCAUUAAUAAAAUAAAAUAUAAAUGGUAGUGAUCCAAGCUGUAGUUUGUAAAACUUCAAUUAAAUUUUAAUCGAUCUUAG